UCCAAACAUUCAUAAAGUCCAAAAAAGAAAAAGAAGAAAAAAGAAAAAAGAAAACAAGAAAAGAAAAGAGUCGAUCGUCUCCCCUCUCUUCUGCAAAAUAAAAUCUAAUCUUUCACCUGGUCAAAGGGACUCCGAUCACCGGAUAGAUGUUUCCGGUGGCCGGAGCUAUCGUCUCUUCACAACUUAGAACUUUGUGCCGUACAUCACAGAAAUCGGAGUGAUUAGCUUUCAAUUUCAGUACUCUGAUGGAUUCUGAGGACGAUGAGGUCUCUACCUCUGAGAGGACGACGAAGGGAGGUUUUCUAGCUUUAACUAUGCGAUGGUGUGCCGCGCUUUUGCUUCCAGUAGUUUCAUUUUUUUUUGUGACUCUAUCGUUGAGUUUAGUUGCAAUUUUUGUCGCCAAUUCGUCAAUUACAAGUCCCAUUUCUUUGCGCUCUCAGUGCAAGAUUGUUUCCAGCAGUGUGGACCUUAGGUCAUCUAAGGUUUGUGAACUUGGGCUACUGAAUUAUAAAGCCAAGAAUGUUUUCUAUCCCUAUGAAAGAAAUAAGUUUAGAUGUCGUUAUGAUUACUACUGGGCGUCAGUGUUCAAGAAAGCUAAAGCAUAAUCAAGAAGUGCCACAGGGAAAGCUCUAACGCAUGGGCCAUGCGUCAGAGAGAAUUCAAUGCAGAGAAGAUACAUUGAUCCAGGCUGAUUGUGUCACAUCACCACUUGCAGUAUGGGCAUCUACAGCAGGCGGCAUCUGAAAAGCUUCCAAGAGUCAGGCGGCUAACCAGGGCAUGGACUUUAAUGCUGCCCAUUCACCAAGUGGACAAGACCAACGCCUAUAAAUAAAUGAAGUCGCUCCAGAGUUCGCAGACAGUUAGAUAGUACAUAGAAAUUUAUCAAGACUCUCACUCUCUAAUUAGCAUAGUCGUAGUUUAAGCUGUGCUGUGGUGCCAAGACAAUCAGAAGGGUUGAGAACCACCACCAUCAUCGGUCAAGGAGCGGAGGAAGCCAAGCUUGAGAAAGACACUUCGUCCAACUCCUAUACAAGUGAUUGUACACAACAGAAUUGAGCCAAAGAUUUACAAGUACUUCUGGUGCUUGACUCAGUUCCUUUUAUCUCAUUUAUCACUUUCAUUGCAUUUGAUUGAAUAUUGCUUUUGUAAAGACAAUUUGCUUCUUUAUAAAAUUCAUAUAUUUGAUCUA